UUUUUUUUUCUUUCAAUAAUUUUAUUGAAUGGAAAUUUUUAUAUUUAUUGUUUAUCUAGAUAUCGUAAUAAUAGUCUUGAAGAAUAUCCUUUACAUUUAGCAUGUCAAAAUGGUCAAAUUGAAGUUGUGGGAAGAUUAUUACAAGAAUUUUCUCCUGUUACACUUGAACAUGAUAUGAACCGAUGGUCACCACUUCAUCAUGCUGCUUGGCAUGGUCAUCAUCGAAUUGUUGAAUUAUUACUUCGUUCAAAACGAUUUUCAGUUAAUGCUGUUGAUAAUUCACAUAUGAGUCCAUUACAUUUAGCAGCUUUAGGUGGUCAAUCUGAAGUUGUACGAAUACUACUUGAUUGUCCUGAUAUUAAUGUGCAUGCAAAAAAUAAAGAUGGAAAAACAGCACUUGAUUUUUGUCAACAAAAUCCAAAUCGUGAUUGGCAAUUAUGUACAGAAUUAAUUGAAAAAUUUCUUCAAAAACCUCUUGAAAAAAUCAAAAUUUGUCUUGCUGAUGGUAGUACUAUUGAACUUGAUCUUGUUUCAGGACCAGCUGAAACUACUGUUCGUCAAUUACAUGCACAAAUGAUGACACGUUUACGUUUACCAGAUGAAGUUUCAAAUGUAUUUGGUAUAUGGAUCUGUUCUAAAAGUGUUCGUAUUCAAUUAAAUCCUGAUCAUAAACCUGUACAAUUUUUAUUAAAUUGGAAACGUUAUGCAAGUGAAUUAACAACUAUACCAAAUGAAUCAUCACUUCGAAAUCCAUCAGUAUCAUCAUCUCCAACAUUAAAUUCGAAUUCUGAAGAAGCACAAUUAUGGUGGUCACGUGAUACAUUACUUAAAAUUGAAUUUGAACAGCGUCUUCGUAUACCACAUGUUAUACAUUUAUUAUUUCUUGAAGCCUAUCAAAAUUAUUUACUUGCUUUUUAUCCAUGUACAGAUGAAGAUGCUAUUGAAUUUGCUGUUUUAAUGAUGGGAAUUAAUGAGAAACAAUUAGAUGAUAAAUUAUGGGAACAUUUUUUUCAUAAUGAUUCUAAUAAUUUAUCUUUAUUAAUACCAGCUGAAAAAUUAAAGCGUGCCGGUGUUGUUUAUUGGCGGCGAACAAUUCUUAAACGUUAUAAAGAAGUUUUUAUGGAUGAUACAACAAUGCAAAAUCGUCCACAAUUAUCACUCUAUUUAAAAAUGCAAUUUCUUAAUUUAGCUCAAAAUUUAACUAGUUAUGGUUCAUCAUUUUUUACUGGUGAACAUGAAUAUCGUGGUCGUCGUACCAGUGUAUUUAUAUGUGUGAAUGAUGUUGGUGUACAUUUAAUAAAUCGUAUAACAAAAUUACAAGAAUAUUCAUUUUCAUAUCAACAAAUGACAUUUACUAUUGAAACAGAAGCACAAUCAACACUCGAAAUAAAUGUUAAAGAUAAUAAAAAUGUUAAUCGUAAAAGAUCAUCAAAUUCAACAAACUCAACACAUAAUAAAAAUUUUAAAAAUUCAAUUUUUUCAUUUUCAUCAUUAUCCAAUAAACAAUCAAAUAAAAUUGAUCGACCAUUAACAUCAUCACCAGCAUCAUUAUCAUCUACGUUAACAAAUUCAUUAAAUAAUAAUAAUGAAUUUCAACAAAGAAGUUAUAAUAGACAUAUAUUAUAUACAAAACAAAAUUUUUUAAUUUAUCAUUUAAUGAGUAAUUUUGCACAAGAACAUGGAUCUUUUAUAUAA